CAGACUGGAACAUCUGCUGGAACACUGAAGAACAUCAGACUGGAGCCAUGUUGAUGACCUGAGAGGAACUUUCCUGAAGCUUGUUUUCUGUCAAAGCAGAUAUGCAUCUGGAGGACACUGCAACAUGUCAAUGAGUCUGAGUGAUGUCAACAUCAGCAUGUGGGUGGGGUCAUGGUGGUGAGUUUGACACACCUGGUCUUGACCUAAGGUUGGUGUGCAGGAGUACUGACCAAGGCAGAGAGUGGGAACCAUCCAGCAGUAGGUGCUCAACCUGCUGUAAGAACAUCAACAGCAGAACUUUCAGAUCUUCAGCCUAUUGAGAGUUAUCCAUAUUGUGCGGCUAGACACAGUCAUGAUGCUGCAGUGAGGGAUGCCGCUGGUGAAGAGGAUCAUCGAGCCCAGGUACCUGUGCCGCGGAGCUCUGCCUGAUGGGGUCGCCAGUGAGCUGGAGUGCGUCACCAACAGCACAUUGGCUGCAGUCAUCAAGCAGCUGGGAGGACUCAGUUGCCAUGCAGAGGACAUCUUUGGCGAGCUCUUCAUGGAGGCCAACAUCUUCUACCUGAGGAUGAACAGCCUGCAGGAGAGAGUGGACAAGCUAGCUGUGAAGGUCACUCAGCUGGACUCCACUGUGGAGGAAGUGUCCCUGCAAGACAUCAACAUGCGGAAAGCAUGUUUCAGAAGCAGUACCAUCCAGGACCAGCAGGUGGUGUCACGGAGCUCCAUCCUCAACCCAGUGCUGGAGAUGUACCAUCGGUGUGAUAAACCACCCCCCCUCAACAUCCUGACACCUUACAGGGAUGAUAAGAAAGAUGGUCUGAAGUUCUACACCGACCCAUCUUACUUCUUCAGCCUGUGGAAGGAGAAGAUGCUGCAGGCCACUGAGAACAAACGCAAGGAGAAAAGACGACAAAAGGUUAAUUUGUCCCAUCCAUCCAUCCAUCUAUAUCCAUAUUUGGUAUCUGUUUGUGUUCAGGAGCAGAAGCAGGUGGAGGAGUCCUCAGGACGGGAGGUGAAGAAGGUCCGAAAAGCUCGGAACCGACGACAGGAAUGGAACCUGAUGGCGUAUGAUAAGGAGCUCCGACCAGAUGCUCAGAUGACACCAUCACCUUACCACACCUCUGAUGGCUCCAUGUCACCAGACAGGUCGGGGAUGUCUGACAACCCCUCCAGCCCUUGCCAUGAUGGGAAGAACCCCGUUUCCACAAUGACAAGUGGCAGUGGCCAAACUCAGUCGCUGGAUCGUGCUCUGCGCCCAACCUCAGCAUCCUCUGCAACUGCCGCCACCUCCAUGCGUCAGCACUCUCUGGGACGCAACCAGCCACAUUAUCACCACCAGGUUCUGCUUGCAGGCUCAGCCAAUCACAGCGGAGCAUGGAGCACCAUAGCGAGGGAGACCAGUGACCAUCAGAUCCCCCCAGCACCACCACCGCCCCCACCUCUCAUGCCAUCAGCUGGACACAAGGUGUUUCCCAGCGUCUCCACUCACAGUGCUGCCGUGGCAACCAAGCUGCACCCUGCAGUUGCGCCUGGUAACCAAGGUGGCACUGGUGCGGUUUCCCGGCCUUGCAGCCCCUCUCCUCCCCCAGCUAACUAUGUCCCAGCCCACCCUGUGGGCCAGGCACCACCCUCAGCUGUUGUUGCACCCUUACUGCCCCCAACGACUGACAACAGGAAGCAUUUAAGCAUCUUGAACAUCCCAAUGAAUGACGCCCGUAGCGACCUGCUGGCUGCCAUCCGCAGAGGGAUCCAGCUGAGGAAGGUUCAGGAGCAGCGUGAGCAGGAGGAGGCCAAGAAGAGAGAACCUGCAGGAAAUGACGUGGCUACCAUUUUGUCACGCCGCAUCGCAGUGGAGUACAGCGAAUCAGAGGAGUCUGAACCAGAGGACCAGGAUUGGUCUGACUAAGGAGGUGGUGCCCUGACCACCACAGGAAGUGAAACAGAGUUCCUCUGCUGACUCAAACCUCACAGGAAGCUGCUUCAUUUCCGUUUUACUUCGUUAGUUAAUUAACCUCGAUGUCAAUUAGGGUGGUUAUUUGUGAUGAUCGGCUCAUAGUAGGGGUGGUUGAGUCUGAAGAAUCACACCCUGGUGAGCUCUGAGCUGUAAAGCUGUCCUUUAGUGCCCCCUGAGGUCAGAGCUGUUAUAAACAACACUGCCUUUAUGGGGCUCCACCUGUUCUUCAGGUAUUUUAUGUAUGGGGUCAGUAAUGAUUUGGUCUUAGUUUUACAGACGGCUUUCCUUCUGACAGGAAUGAAGCACUUAAACUGUUGUGAAUAAAUGUUUCUGUUUGUCGGUCCUUCUUCUCUCCUGUUAAGGUACAUUUCUGGGAAAUUUAAGAACUGGGAAGUUAAAAAAACUUCUCCAAACAUUAAAUCUUCAUGUAUUUAGUCAUUCAUUAGGAAACAGGUUUGUGAAGGUCUAUUUUAAGUUUUUUUAUCUGAAUUUUUCUGUAAAUAUUUCUUGUUGGGAUUUUUUUCUCCCAUUCCUGCGUCAGUCAUUCACAGAUAGAUCCAGUUUCUGGUUCAUUUCUGUGGUGUAGUUGCUAUGGUAACUCUGGUGGGGCAGCCACUAUAACCAUCAUAGGGUAGUUGCUAUGGUAACCGGAUGCAGCUCGUUAUUUUCUGUGAUGUCAUCACUGCUGCUCUGAAAGGGGCGUGUUCUUCCUGUGCUGUGCUGUUUGGUUUGUUGUGUUUGUUGGCAUGUUCUCGACUCGUGACAAAUAAAAACAGGAAGUGUGACUCAUGAGCUCUGACUGAAUCUGAGAUCUAACUUGUGUUUAUCCUGAAAUGUUUAGUCUACAGGAAAAUUUUGAUUUGAUUAAAUAAUUCAGUUCUUUC